GGAAACACGCGGUUUCACUAGUGUGUUUACACCGAUCACUACUAAUCCGGACCGAACCGAUCCGGAUUAAGGGGCCGGAGGCGGGUCCUGGGCACCAGCGGUUCCGACCCCCCCGCCCUCCGCGCCGCACCCGAGUGGCCCCCAGCCGAGCGGGCCCCCACCUCCCGGCCCGGCCUGGGCCCUCCUGCGCCUCCCUUGGCCUUUGUCCGGCGCCAGGAGGCCGGUCCCGCGCCCCCCGCGGCCGCCCGGGCCCGGGCCCGCGUCGGGCGCCUGGCUCUGUACGCGAGCCCGGGGAUCUGCGGCCUCCGCGGCCCCCCUCCCCCGCCCGCCCUCUCGUGGAGCCCGGCGCCGGCGGCGGCUGCCCGGGCGGGGGGUUGCGGCGCUCAGGAGAGGCCCCGGCUCCGCCCCGGGCCUGCCCAGGGGGAGAGCGGAGCGGUCGGCGGCCGGGUCGGGUCGGGGCCCCUCCCGGGAGGAGCGUGGAGCGGCGGCGGCGGCAGGUGAGAGGCUGAGCCCCGGGCGGGGGCAGUAGAAAUGAUGGAAGAAUUGCAUAGCCUGGACCCUCGACGGCAGGAAUUAUUAGAGGCCAGGUUUACAGGGGUUGGCGUUAGUAAGGGGCCACUCAAUAGUGAGUCUUCCAAUCAGAGCUUGUGCAGCGUGGGGUCCUUGAGUGAUAAAGAAGUAGAGACUCCUGAGAAAAAACAGAAUGACCAGCGAAACCGGAAAAGAAAAGCUGAACCAUAUGAAACUAGCCAAGGGAAAGGCACUCCUAGGGGACAUAAGAUUAGUGAUUACUUUGAGUUUGCUGGGGGAAGCGGGCCAGGAACCAGCCCUGGCAGAAGUGUUCCACCAGUUGCACGAUCCUCACCGCAACAUUCCUUAUCCAAUCCCUUACCGCGGCGGGUAGAGCAGCCCCUCUAUGGCUUAGAUGGCAGCGCUGCAAAGGAGGUGUCGGAGGAGCAGUCCGCUCUGCCAACCCUCAUGUCGGUGAUGCUGGCGAAGCCUCGGCUUGACACGGAGCAGCUGGCGCAGAGGGGAGCUGGCCUCUGCUUCACCUUUGUGUCAGCUCAGCAAAACAGUCCCUCUUCUACGGGAUCUGGCAACACAGAGCAUUCCAGCAGCUCCCAGAAACAGAUCUCCAUCCAGCACAGACAGACCCAGUCUGACCUCACCAUAGAAAAAAUAUCUGCACUAGAAAACAGUAAGAAUUCUGACUUAGAAAAGAAGGAGGGAAGAAUAGAUGAUUUGUUAAGAGCCAACUGUGAUUUGAGGCGGCAGAUUGACGAACAGCAAAAGAUGCUAGAGAAGUAUAAAGAACGAUUAAAUCGGUGUGUGACAAUGAGCAAGAAACUCCUUAUAGAAAAGUCAAAACAAGAGAAGAUGGCAUGUAGAGAUAAAAGCAUGCAAGACCGCUUGAGAUUGGGCCAUUUUACCACUGUUCGACAUGGGGCCUCUUUUACUGAGCAAUGGACAGAUGGUUAUGCUUUCCAGAACCUUAUCAAGCAGCAGGAAAGGAUAAAUUCACAGAGGGAAGAGAUAGAAAGACAACGGAAAAUGUUAGCAAAGCGGAAACCCCCUGCCAUGGGACAGGCCCCUCCGGCAACCAAUGAGCAGAAACAGCGGAAAAGCAAGACCAACGGAGCUGAAAAUGAAACGUUAACAUUAGCAGAAUACCAUGAACAAGAAGAAAUCUUCAAACUCAGAUUAGGUCAUCUUAAAAAGGAGGAAGCAGAGAUCCAGGCAGAGCUGGAAAGGCUAGAAAGGGUUAGAAAUCUACAUAUCAGGGAACUAAAAAGGAUACAUAAUGAAGAUAAUUCACAAUUUAAAGAUCAUCCAACGCUAAAUGACAGAUAUUUGUUGUUACAUCUUUUGGGUAGAGGAGGUUUCAGUGAAGUUUACAAGGCAUUUGAUCUAACAGAACAAAGAUAUGUAGCUGUGAAAAUUCACCAGUUAAAUAAAAACUGGAGAGAUGAGAAAAAGGAGAAUUACCACAAGCACGCAUGUAGGGAAUACCGGAUUCACAAAGAACUGGAUCAUCCCAGAAUAGUUAAGCUGUAUGAUUACUUUUCACUGGACACUGACUCGUUUUGUACAGUAUUAGAGUACUGUGAGGGAAAUGAUCUGGACUUCUACCUGAAACAGCACAAAUUAAUGUCGGAGAAAGAGGCCCGGUCCAUUAUCAUGCAGAUUGUGAAUGCUUUAAAGUACUUAAAUGAAAUAAAACCUCCCAUCAUACACUAUGACCUCAAACCAGGUAAUAUUCUUUUAGUAAAUGGUACAGCAUGUGGAGAGAUAAAAAUCACAGAUUUUGGUCUUUCCAAGAUCAUGGACGAUGAUAGCUACAAUUCAGUGGAUGGCAUGGAGCUAACGUCACAAGGUGCUGGUACUUAUUGGUAUUUACCACCAGAGUGUUUUGUGGUUGGGAAAGAGCCACCAAAGAUCUCAAAUAAAGUUGAUGUCUGGUCAGUGGGUGUGAUCUUUUACCAGUGUCUUUAUGGAAGGAAGCCUUUUGGCCACAACCAGUCCCAGCAAGACAUUCUACAAGAAAAUACUAUUCUUAAAGCUACUGAAGUGCAGUUCCCGCCAAAGCCAGUAGUAACACCUGAAGCAAAGGCGUUUAUUCGACGAUGCUUGGCCUACCGAAAGGAGGACCGCAUCGAUGUCCAGCAGCUGGCCUGUGACCCCUACUUGCUGCCUCACAUCCGAAAGUCGGUCUCCACGAGUAGCCCUGCUGGAGCUGCUAUUGCAUCGACCUCGGGGGCGUCCAAUAACAGUUCUUCGAAUUGAGACCCACUCCUAGGCUGCAAACUGUUCAGCACACACAGAGUGGACAAAUGGCAUUCAGCAGCGGGUUUGGAACAUAGCGAAUCCGAAUGGAUCUCAUGAAACCUGUACCAGGUGCUUUUAUUUUCUUGCUUUUUUCCCAUCCAUAGAGCAUGACAGCAUCGAUUCUCAUUGAGGAGAAGCCUUGGGCAGCUCUGGCCAGGCCUCGUAGGAAAAGGCCCCGCCCGAGGUUCCGGCGUCAACGGCCACUACGUGUGGCUGCUCUGAGUGAGGAAAAAAUGAAAAAGAAAAACUGGUUCCAUGUACUGUGAACUUGAAAACAUGCAGACUCAGGGGGGUCCCUGAUGCAGUGCUUCAGAUGAAGAAUGUGGACUUGAAAAUACAGACUGGGCUAGUCCAGUGUCUAUAUUUAAACUUGUUCUUUUCUUUUAAUAAAGUUUAGGUAACAUCUCCUGAAAAGCUUGUAGCACAAAGGCUCAGCUGGGGAUGGUGUUUGACUUCGGAGGAAAAAAAGUUGCUAUUGCCCGUUAAAGGCACUAGAGUUAGUGUUUUAUCCCUAAAUAAUUUCAAUUUUUAAAAACAUGCAGCUUCCCUCCCCCCUUUUUUUAUUUUUGAAAGAAUACAUUUGGUCAUAAAGUGAAACCCGUAUUAGCAAGUACGUGGCAAUGUUCAUUCCAGUCAGAUGCAGCUUUCUCCUCCGUCUGGUCUCCUGUUUGCAAUUGCUUCCCUCAUCUCAGUAGGGAAAACGUCGAGUGGCAGGACUGAGAUGUGUGGGGCUUUGCCAUUGGACAAAGAACGAGGUUAGAAGCCCGCAGCUUGGAGUCUCUAGGUUUUCAACUAUUUCUUCACAAUUUGAACACUUGACGGUUGUCCCUUUUAAUUUAUUUGAAGUGCUAUUUUUUUAAAUAAAGGUUCAUCUGUCCAUGCA